AUGCAUCUAUUCGUCAGGACUUCGGAAGCGAGCAGCGAUUCAACCGCUGUUGAUGACGAUAGGAACACUAUAGUCUUGAGCGAUGGUGAUGUCGAGUCUAACGCUGAUUGUGAUGAAGCUGAAGAAAAGUUCUCUCCAUUGGACAGCUCGGACUCGUCCGGUAAUGACGGUGCAGCUAGACAAGAAGCAUCGAGUGCUGAACCUGCUGCAACGGCUAUGGAUACUAGCACUAGUGAUUGUAAUCCUCCUGUCACGGGUAGUAGUGCUGAUGAGCCCUCGCUUGAUCCUCCCGAGUCAAGCACCGCUCAGGAUUCUGAUGUAGCGCGGCUCAAUCCUGAAAGUGAAUGCAAUAAUAAUACAAGCGAAGCAAUGGUCAUAGGCACUGAUUCAGAGCAUACCAAGACGCAAGAGCAACAGUGCAAUAGUGUCGCUGCUCCUGAGCCUGUCAUUGAGGCGGAGCCACGACCUCGUGAGCAAAUGGAGGGUGUGAGAGAGGAAGCAAACAAGUUACCUGGUCGUGCGGAUGGAUCGUUCGCCGUUGGUGAUGGUUUUAGAGAGGAAGCAAACAAGUUACCUGGUCGUGCGGAUGGCUCGUUCGCCGUUGGUGAUCUUACUGUGUUUUCAAAUAAUCUUGAAGAGUAUUUUGAGAAAGAACACUUAACAGAUCUCAGUGGGACUAUCAAUUCCCGCAUUAUGGAACGAGUCUAUAGCGACCUUCUUACCAAGCUGUUCGGGAUCUGUGUUCCUGUGGUCUACCGUAUCUUACACGGCAACAACGGUAAUCCGUUCCGCCCACCCGAAUCUGCACAGAAGCGACGGAUAGCCAGGCUUGGUAGAGUUGGAGCAAAGUAUACUGGAGUAUGGUCGGUUAGGAAUACCCUCAGAAGAGUCUCCAAUUCCACUGAAACAACUGAGAGGUAA